GCUUGCUUGGUUGCCGUAUUCUUCCAAACAAACCAAAAACAUCAUAUUUUACAUUAUAAGAGAAUGACAAACAACAAAUCAACGCCACCCUACAAGGCCGAUGAGUCGCUAAACUCGUACAGCGGUCUGUACGAUAUGUACGCGGGCGAUCGAAACCGCACACGCAGCUACGUCGGAGCUCGCGGCAAUCUGCACAGCCACAGCCGCGCCUCGCCACAAAUGGGCAGACACCCCAGGCGGCCGCUCAAUCUCGGCGAGAAUAACGGCAGCAACAGCUACUACAAUUUUGCACAGCGCCGAUCCACACUCGGCCACCCAGGCAGAUCCACCGAUCAUAGCAUGGACGCCUACGGAUCGCACAGCUCAAUUCGCCGGAACAACUAUUCCGUGCGCUCAAUCCCGCGCGCGCCCUCCUUUGGACGCCGCCCGGGAAACACCGACAGCUUUGCGUCCAGCAGGAGGUCGCCGCAGAUGCAUGCGGCUGAUACCAGCUCCAGAAUGCUGUCGCCGCUGGCGCAUCCAUCGGCGUUGAGCGAGAAAUACACAUCACCUCCAUAUGAGGCUGGAUUCGGACAGCUGGUCGUGGAUGACGCCGAUGAUGAGCUCGUCGAGAUGAUCCACGCGCAGAGAGUCAAGCGCAUUGUAAAGUAUUCGCUGUACGCGUUGAUCGCCGCAGUACUCCUCCUGGGCUGCUCCCUGACGGCAUACUUUUUGUUGCCGCGGUCCCCUGCCGUGGCACUCCACUCUGUGAACUCGCCGGACCGUUCAGGCAAGUUCAAACUGCUCGGAUCCAAGAUGCAGUUCCAGAUUGAGCUAACGUACCGCGUGCACAACGAUAAUUUCUUCAAUCUUGUUGUGGAUGAUAUCAGUUCGGCGGUCUUUUGGCCCGAAACCAAGUUUGCCCUGGGCGGCGGCCGCCUGAGCAAUAUCAAUGUGCCUGCUAGGGGUGUUGUCGAGAUUACCAUGCCUAUUACUAUCAGAUAUGAUGUCAAGCAUGGGCCGCCAGCUAUUCUGCUUGGCUUGGUCGAUAGCUGUGGCCUUCAUGAUCCUGGUGCUGGCGAGAUGACACUGGAUGCUGAGGUGCAGUCUGACUUCCACACCAAAAUGAAAAAGGGUGCGAUGCAGUCUGGCAGACAAAGCGUCUCCGUCAAAUGCCCGGCUCGCCGCUUGGGCACACUGCAGGUCGGCGAUGGCUCUUCUGGAAAUCUGGGCGAUAUCGUGCGCAUGCUCAGCAUUUAAAUGUUUCCUCUUUCCUUGUUAUGCUUUUUUAAAGUAUUGUUUUGCCUGUCGAGAUCGCGCAGCUUUU